AUGACUACAAUUCAAACGAAAACUGAAACCAAAGAUGUUACUGGAUUGUCAUUAAUUGCUGCCCAUUCUCAUAUUUCUGGUUUAGGUUUAGAUGAUAAUUUACAACCGAAAGAAAAUUCCCAAGGUAUGGUUGGUCAAUUAAAAGCAAGAAAAGCAGCUGGAGUAAUAUUAAAAAUGAUAACAAUGGGUAAAAUAGCAGGUAGAGCAGUAUUAAUAGCAGGUCCACCAUCAACUGGUAAGACUGCAAUUGCAAUGGGAUUAUCACAAAGUUUAGGUAAUGAAGUACCUUUCACUGCAAUAGCAGCAAGUGAAAUUUAUUCAUUAGAAUUAAGUAAAACUGAAGCUUUAAUUCAAGCAUUUAGAAAAUCCAUAGGUAUUAGAAUUAAAGAAGAAACUGAAAUUAUUGAAGGUGAAGUUGUUGAAAUUCAAAUUGAUAGAUCAAUUACUGGUGGUCAUAAACAAGGUAAAUUAACUAUAAAAACAACAGAUAUGGAAACAAUAUAUGAAUUAGGAAAUAAAAUGAUUGAAGGAUUAACUAAAGAAAAAGUUUUAGCUGGAGAUGUUAUAAAUAUUGAUAAAGCAAGUGGAAAGAUAACUAAACUUGGUAAAUCAUUUACAAGAGCAAGAGAUUAUGAUGCAAUGGGACCAGAAACUAAAUUUAUUCAAUGUCCAGAAGGUGAAUUACAAAAAAGAAAAGAAGUUGUUCAUACUGUAAGUUUACAUGAAAUUGAUGUUAUCAAUUCAAGACAACAAGGAUUUCUUGCAUUAUUUAGUGGAGAUACAGGAGAAAUCAGAAGUGAAAUUAGAGAUCAAAUUAAUACAAAAGUUGCAGAAUGGAAAGAAGAAGGUAAAGCAGAAAUUAUUCCUGGUGUUUUAUUUAUUGAUGAAGUUCAUAUGUUAGAUAUUGAAUGUUUUUCAUUUAUAAAUAGAGCUUUAGAAGAUGAAUUCUCGCCAAUUGUAAUAAUGGCAACAAAUAGAGGAAUUUCAAAAACAAGAGGAACAAAUUAUAAAUCACCACAUGGAUUACCAUUAGAUUUAUUAGAUCGUUCAAUAAUUAUACAUACAACAAAUUAUUCAAGUGAUGAAAUUAGAACAAUUUUAUCAAUAAGAUCAAGUGAAGAAGAAUGCGAAUUAUCACUGGAUGCCUUAGCUUUAUUAACAAAAAUUGGACAAGAAACAAGUUUAAGAUACGCUUCAAAUUUAAUUUCUGUAUCUCAACAAAUUUCAUUAAAAAAGAGACAAUCUCAAAUUGAAUUACAAGAUAUUAAAAGAGCUUAUAUGUUAUUUUUAGAUUCUGAUAGAUCUGUACAACAUGUUGAAGAACAUAAAUCACAAUAUAUUGAUGAUGAAGGUAAUGUUAAAAUAGGUUUAGAUGAAGAUAAAAUGGAAACCGAUUAA